UCGGACGUAAAUUCUUCCCCCGUUUUGACUGUACAGUUCUCGCUCAAUUCCCUUCUCUUUUCCUCCUCUUUCGCUUCCUUUUCCGUUGAGUUGACCGGAUCUGACUUCACCCAGUCAUCGGCCGGCUAUCCCGACCCUGCGUUUCCUUUCGAUUUUCUCGCUGAUUCACGGGAAGAACCGCGCGAAAUCGGUCGACCGCCAAACCCAGAUGUAAUUGCCUGAUUGCACUCAAGAGUGCCUUAAUUUGAGCCUAUAAUAGCAUGGGACUUGAAAAUGGAUCAAAAGUGAAGGAGGAAGCUUUGAUGGAGGUUUGUGUGGAGGACAGAAAUGCUGCUCAAGAUAUGCAGAGUGCAAGUAGUGGUCAGGAAAACAUUCGUGACAUGGAAGCUCCCUCUUGUAAACGAACUAUGAUGUUAGAUAGAAGUGAGGAUAUGGAGCUUGAUAUUAUUGGGUGUACAGAUUAUUGUGAGGGAGGUCCUAGUAAUGAACGCAAUGUUUCAACGGAAAAUUCAAGCUCGUUUGGAGAUACUAUAUCUGGAACAGAUUAUGGUUUGUUAUUGGAUGAUGAAGAAGUUGAAUCCCAUUUAUAUGGUGAUAAUAAUUUGCAGCCUAUGUCUGAUGGAUACAGCCAAGUAUUUCCAAGGAAGAAAAAGUUGACAGUUCACUGGAGGAAGUUUAUUAGUCCUCUUAUGUGGCGGUGUAGAUGGUUAGAACUGCAAAUUAAGAAACUUCAGUCUCAAUCAUUAAAAUACGACAGAGAACUUGCAUUAUUUGAUCAAAGAAAGCAGUCUGUCUACGAACACUUCUCAACGGAAGGUUUAGAUGUGAAGUCAACAGGAUUCUCAAGUCACACUCAGAGACACAGGGUUAUGAAAAGAAAGAGAAGGAAGAAAACUGAAGAGACUACUGAAGUAGCUUCAUAUAUGGCGCAUCAUAAUCUGUUCUCCUAUUAUGAGAAGAAGAGGUCUCUUGCUGAUGACAUGUCUUUGGAAGAUACUUUUAAAUUAGACAAAACAAGGAAUAUGAAACGUGAUGACAUCAAUGACUUCGGAGCAAUGGCAACUGAUGGAUGGGCACCUUUUAUGUUGGGAGAUAACGAUAAUUAUUUGGAAGACAUCUUUCUAAAAAUCGAAGUUGCACAGUCAAAAGUUCACGAGUUGAAGAACAGAAUUGAGAAGGUGGUGACUGAAAAUCCCAUGAAAUUCUCUUCAAUCAAUCAGCUAUGCUUUCUUGCAUCAAGUGAUGAUCCCGCUUCACCCGAAGAUGGAAACGUGGACUUAGUUAGGUCUUUGCAUGAAGCAUCACAACUCAUCUCCGAGCAUGCGUUAGAUGUACUUAUGCCCGAAACUGCAAUUAAAACUCAUGGAGAGGUCAUGCUACUUCCUGCUAUGAUGCAGAACGUGGAUUGUGGAAUUACUCAGAAAGUUGUAAUGCAAGAUUCCGCAGUGAAGGAAGAGUUGCAAUUUUCCGGGAAGGUUAAAGGUGGGUUGAUUGAGCCUCAGAAAUUAGGGGAGCAGAAAAUCGCUUCUGAAGCUGACUUGACCUCAAAGAACAAGGAGCCCAACAUGGUGCAGAAAACAAAACCUUCUUCCACUGUCAAGCCUACUUCAUCCUCUAAGAAAACUAGAAAGCGGGGAGGAAGGCGAAAAACUGGUUCGAGUAAGCAGCGUAGGAAAGCAACAUGUUAGGUGGAGGUUAGAAUAUGUUGUUAAUCGUUCUUUGUUCUACUAAUGUAUAUUUCCAUGCCAUGCUCUCAUCUGCACAUAUCAACUCGAUUAUUUGUACAUGCUGCAAAUAUUCAUUAAUUAUGUUAAUAUGAAAGAUAGCAUUAACCA